UUCGUUUGAUAGCGCUGUGAAUAGGACAGAAAAUUCUGCUAAUAGUAUACAUCUAUACGUUUUCUCGUCGUCAAAAAAAAGACGAAAAAUUAAAGACAAAAAAAAGAAUAGGUGGCAAAAAGCUGAACAUGGAUCAUGACACUUCUUUGCAUAAAAAAGGAUAAGUAAUUCUAAAUAAACUGUUGGUUUUAACUCAAGCAAAAUAAAAAAUUGUGACAAGAAAAAGUUUUCCAUUCGAGAGUAAUUAGUACCAAACAAUGCGAUAAAAAUUUUCUUUCUAAGAAUUUUUUACCUAAAUAACAGACGGAAUUAUGACGCUUUCUGUUGUUUUAUUGGUGGAAAUUAUUGCAAUUGUCCGUAUUGUUGAGUCGCCAAUUAAGUGUAAAUGUUAUAAGGAAAAUGAAAUUUUCUCAUUUCCAUAUGUUUAUGAAACUGACAAUUCAACGAAAUUAAUUUUCAGUGAAAAUAAAUUGCCCAAUUUUAGAAAUUGGAAAAAAUCAAAUUGGGAUCACGAAGCGUAUUGGAUUUAUGCGAAUACUUAUACAGAUCUUUUUAUGCCAUCAGUUUUGAGUAAUUUGAAAGAAAUCGGAAUUGAUCCAAUAGAUGUUCACAAUAUCACCGAUGUGAUUUGGAUGAAAGCACUGUUUCUUAAUUGCACUGCUCGAAUAAAUUUGACUAAAGGAAGAAUAAAAUAUAUUUUUGAAUUAGAACGUCAGGGAGAUGCAUUUAUAUCUUUUUCGACAAACAAUUUCAUACAACUUAAUGUCACUAUUAUUAAUUCCUAUUUAUUAUGUAUAUUCAAUUACGAUUUUCUAACGACAAUAUUUCCAUUUUUUUGGCACAGUGGAAAAUUAAUCGCAAACGUAACAAAUGUAUUGUCAAAUUUACUCCUAACAUUGGAUUUAACAAAGCAAUUUGUCGAUUUGGAAAAAUUUACAAUUCUCGAUAUUGAAUCUGUGCAUGUUACGCUAAAUAAUAGUUUACCGAUAUUCGAUAAAUUCGCAUCGAAAAUAGUGAAUUAUUUUUUACCAUUUUAUAAGAAAAAAAUAAUUCAAGUCAGCGAGAAAACAGUGUCGCAAGAAAUUUAUAUGCGCAUGAAGAACAUCAAUGAAAUAUUUUUUUACAGUUGACAAAACUUUAAUAAUCUAAAAAGAUAUUCUUUAUGGAAAAAUAUUAUUUUUUUCUUUUUUUUUAUAAUUUAACAUUUUUUAUAAAGUAAAAAUGUUCCCUUUUUUACUGUAUUUAAUGAUAUAUUUUUUAAUAAUCAGAAACAAAUAAAAAAAAAUUUUAAUUAAUAAUUUUUUUUGAAAAAAUUAUUAAUUAAAAUUUUUUUUUAUUGAGAAAGGAAAUAUUUCUCAUUUUGAUAAUGACUAUUUAUAUUCAUUACGAGCACUCUAAAUCUGAAUCAGUGAAAAUUUCACUGAUUUCA